UCAAAACUUUUGUGUCCUGUAAGAAAUGUAGAUUUUACAUGCACCAUGACAACAACCGGGGACAUUAAGCAUGCAGCGAGAAAAGAGCGUGAAAGCAAAAGAGAUAAUCGAAGGACUUAUAAAGUUUCUCUCUGCUCUUGAGGUGGAUUCUGUUCCAUGUGCUGAAACUUUCAGACGGGCAAAAUUCAACAAACACGAUGUGGUGCAGAAUAUGUGGGAUUUGCUACGUAGCCUUCUAGUGAAAGCAGUUCGAUUGGAGUGCAAAUGUCAGCACUCAGAUCCAGGAGCCCAGGCCUGGUUUGUGAGGAGCGCGCUGUGGCAUUGUGGGUAUGGUGCCUGUUGGGUGGUGGCCCCGCAGGCUGGCAGUUGCUGUGGAGACGCAGUGGGGAGCCGAGAGCUGCUUUUGGCCUUCGGCUGGAUGCUGUCGUCCGGGAGCCUCCUGGAGUUCCUGCUGGGAGAGAGAGUGCUGCAGAUGCAGCCUCUGGCAUUGCCUCCUGCUCAGGUGUGCAUUCCUGGAGCUCCCCUGGUGGAUUUGUGUGAGGGCGGCAAGGGCAAAGAGUGUGUCGGCAGAGGCACUGAUGGAGAUGGAGACCUGCGGCUUUUGCAGUGGGAGUACGGCAAGCUCCGGUACCACUGGAGAGCCCUCCUAGCAGCCCAGGAGGAAAGGGCCAAACUCAUCCACAAGGUUCUCUCUGACAUCGGCCCCCAGCCUGUCUCCCCGAGCCCCGAAGCGCUUGGCACCAGCGAUGCUAGUCCGCUUAGCAAGGAGUUGGAGAACACAAAACAAGUUAAUCACCUGCUGGAGGCCUACUUACAGUGGAAGGUUCUGGAGCCUUUGUUCUGGCGUUGGAUGGAGAGUGUGAUUGACAGCCAGUCAGCAGACCCUCGUGAGGAGGACACUGCACCAACGGCACGGGGGCCUCCGGGGCCCGCCCCCGCACAGGGCUGCUGCUCCAGCGGAGACUGGGUCAAGAGGACGCGGGAGCGUCUGGAAUCGCUCCGGCUGCAGACGCAGAUGUCCCUACGGGCCAGACGAGACGGGUCAUCGUCCAGACGCGGCCUCACUGGGCAGGGCAGACACAGCAGCACCAGCCCAGCCGCAGACUCCGACGCCAAACUCCUGGAAGAUGACAGACAGGUCGCCACGAGGCUGCAAGGCUUCUCCACUGCUUUCACCCCGGCCUCCAUAGACCACGGCUUCAUCCCUUGCCUUCACGUCCAGGGCCGCACCGCACCACACCACCCGAAGCUUGAGCCCGGCAAACGCGCCCCUCAUGGGGCAGAAUCGCCAGGAAAGCUGCAGGCUUCCGAAGUGAUCCAGGAGCUUAGGGCCAGGGAGGCCUUCCUCCUGGGAGAGCUGGAGGUGGCACGUUUGGCGCAGCGAGAGGUCCUGCAGGAGCAGGCCAGUAGACUGGAGGGAGUCAUAUUUAUACCGCCUCCAAAACGAUGCCACACCCCUCCUUAACCACAGCACAAUAUUCCCCAAAGUGACUGUGCCUAUGUUUACGCAUUCCAUAUUAUGCAGUCUGAGCCAUCCAUGAAUGUAUGUUUUCAGUCGAACUGCUUAACAUUAAAGCGUCUUUUGCUGCUUUGA